CCAAAACUAAGAGCAUCAUUAACGCAGUAGCUUAGGGGGGUGCUUAGUGAUUUUCGAAUUAAAAAGAAAAAGAAAAUAAUGUAUUAAACUAAGCCACGGUGCUUAAUUAAGCGGUGGAAUAGCAGAUGCUUAGAGAACACGUGUCGUGUCGAGCACACGCGUUGAAAAAAAAGUCGGAAGUCUCUUCGUCUCUUCCUCUCUUCCUUUCUACCGGCUCUGUCUCUCCAAUGAUCGGACCUCCGUUUGGAUCUCUGUUCCAAGUCGAAACAGAGAAAAGGCACCUAGCUAGCAGACUGUUGACCCUUCUCGGUGUUCCUCACAUCGCCACUGGAGAUCUCGUCCACGAGGAGCUUGCUUCGUUGGGCCCUUUCUCCCGACAGCUAUCAGAGAUUGUAAACCAAGGAAAGCUUGUCUCGGAUGAGAUCAUAGUAAACCUAUUAUCAAAGAGACUUGAGGCUGGUGAAGCCAAAGGUGAAUCAGGUUUCAUUCUUUAUGGCUUUCCUCGAACCAUGAGACAAGCUGAAAUGCUGGGAGAUGUAACUGACAUCAGCCUAGUUGUGAAUUUGAAGCUACCUGAGGAAGUUUUGGUUGACAAAUGCCUUGGGAGGAGAAUGCAGCAAAGGUUUCAACGUCGCGCACAUUAACCUAAAGGGUGAGAAUGGGAAGCCUGCAAUCAGCAUACUGAAGAGGUUGUGAAAGCUAGGCUUCGUAUAUACAACGAAACC